GAUGUCACUUUAAAAGUUUUCCUUUUAAGUAUUUUCUUAACUUUUAAUUUUAUCGUUAACUUAUAGUUUACUGUUUAUUACAGGAAACCUUUAAAAUGCACAUGCAGGUUUUUUUUAUUUGAUCUUAUCAGAAUGAUUCGAAGAGGGAAGUCAGAUUUAUAAGAAAAGCUCUUCCUUUAAAAGUUUCAUAAUGUCACCACUAAUUAAAUGAUAACACAUUUGCAAUUACACAUUUAUUUAUACAGAUAUUGUCAUGGAAAUGUAUUUUUAUUGAAAAUAGCUUCCAGAAAAAGCAGAAGGUUUUCAUCAUUUCUGAGAAUGAAUUCAAUGACAUGGAGUGUUGUCACACAUUCACACUUAGUCACAUAGAGCUUCAGUGUGGUUUGAACAUCAUCAGCAUUAAAGAUCCGUUCUGAUAAGCUCCCUUAAUCUGUAUGUGGUUCAAAAAUAAAAUCAUCACAUACAUAUAAUAAUACGUAGAUGUCUCUCAGACCGAAAAUGUACAGAAAGUGUUUGUUUCCUGUUUGUUUCUGAACAGUUUAACUCAUCCUAACCCGACUUCUGUUUUUUUUUCAGAGAGAGACCAAGUUUUCUGUCUUGUGUGAAACUAUUUAUAAACAUUUCUAAAUAUUCUUUGCUAAUUUGCUAAAAUUGUAGUUUGUGCUAAUUGUGUUCAGCCUUUUUUCCCCCCGAGACCUCUCUUGUAAACACUGCUGCAGCUACACGUAAAGUCUCCGAGAGGAGACAGUAAUGAGAAUCCCAUUUGAUCUGUUUCUAUCCAAAUGAACCACAGCCAUCCACAGAUUCUUAAUGAACAUGUGGAUUUGGACUUUCACACUUUGAUACGCAACGAGCUUCACAUCUAACUGAAGAUACUGAUCGGAUUUUUUUUGUGUCCCAACAGAUUUUAAUGAAGACGUCCAGAUAAAACUCCACCUGCUCCACCGUCAUCAUGGUUUUUUAUACACCUAUAGGUCAAUAAGUGUGUGGUGUGAAAACAUGUCUGAGUUGUGGACAUUUUUGGCAGCAGCUCCCCCAAACGUCCAUCAUUCCUCUCUGUCUCCAUCUCUUCCACCCCUGUCUUUCAGGAACCAUGGAAAUCACCCCCCUGCCAAGGUCUCUGGUCUGAUAAACAUCACUCGUUUAUUGAACAGCUGCAGAUAUGGCUUUAAAAAUGUAACCUCCCCUCACACGGGUCCACCCCAGGUUACCUCCCCUAAUCUUGCAUUCCAGACCCAGGUGGCCUCGUUUCAGUAUCCCCAAUCCCAGGUAACCUCCCCUCAUCUGCAGACGCCCCCCUCCCACCUUUUCUAUCAGCCCCAUACGACCUCUCCUCACCUCCCUUUACCCAAGGUUUACUCUCCUCAAUACCUAGCUCCACCUCAGGUAAACUCCCCUCCCCUCCCUGACCCCCGUGCAUCCUCUCCUGGUCUCGGAUCCCAACACCAGAACCUUCUCUACAACCAGAAUCCUGACUUAGAUUAUCCAAACUGGACUAGGUGUGAGCCCACCUCUGACCUUUCGUGUCUCCAGAAUGGUUUUGGGUUUUCCUACCAGCAGAACCAGACAGCAGCUCAUAUGGACCUCCACCUCCAGGACCAGACCCAGUUUGGCACUGGUGAGACUGCUCACAGGGACGAGCUGGAGAACACAAACAAACUCUAUGGCUCUCAUGCAGGUCAUGUCAGCAGCACGUUUGAGCAGAGCGACAUACAUGAGCUGGGUCAGCACACCUGGAUCCCGUCCCAGGUACAGUGCUCACCGCUGGGCUCCCCAUCUGCAGGAGGUACCGAAUGGAGAUGGAGCUCGACCGAGUUAAGCUCAGCGUCUGCUGAGGACUUCCCAAACAACCAUUUCUUCAGUGAAAGUUACAACGAAAACAACAACCAACAGCCGUUCAGUAGCCCAUCGACCCCAGGUCCAAGUCCUCACUACCCCCUAACCCCAGCUGUCUCCAGUCCAGGUCCUCAAAUCCAUCCCAGGACAGUUUUUACAAAACAGCCAAAUGAUAAUCACACCUCAGAUUAUUGUCUUAAUGAGCCCAGCAGCUUUUUCAUGCCCCCUGGUCUUGGACUAAUUCAUCAGACAAGCCAGCAGCAGCUGAUGACACAAACAACACAGACUCAGGAUCUGAAGAGCUUCCUGAAAGCUGCUGAGACCAGCUCGUCUUCUCAGGAGAGAGGACAGAGUCUGGGUCAUCCUGCUGGGCUCACUCAUAAGGAAGAAGGAGGAGGAAGAAGGAAAGGCUCAAGGAAACGAGACCAGGAUCCACUGGACUGGAACUGGGUAAAAAGAAUAAAACCUGAAAAAAGCACAGAAGCUCUAAAUUCCAGAUGCAGAUUGCUGUGUGUGGUGUGUAACCGUGAAUUCAAGAGCCUGCCAGCAUUAAACGGCCACAUGCGCUCCCACAGUGGCUCCAGGUCACCUAAGCGCCCCAAAAAGGAGACCUCCCCACCCACACCCAGUCAGGUCUCCAUCCCUGUCCACCGGAAAGGGACGUCUGGACUGAAGGGGUGCAGCCUCCUCCCUCUGUCCAACAGAGGAGCUGCUCUCUAUCACAGCCUGAUGAGGCAAAAGGAGAAGGAGGAGGCUAAACCUGUGGCCAACAAGGUGGCUAAAACAGCUGAUUAUGGUCAGUACACCCCUCCCCUGAUGCUGUGUCCUCAGAGGGAGGGGCCAGGGCUAUACUGCUCCCUCACCACCAGGAGGCAGCAGAGAGCACAGACGGUUCAGCUGUACAAUGAAUUAGGUGAUCUUGUUGCCAUAACAACAUCCUGUCCUCCAUCUGGACAGUUAGCAUGGGGAACCAUCGCACCACGGAUCAAUUUAGGGCGGAGCUUCCAGGCAGAGAUCCCGCCUUUACGAGAUGAAAAGUAUGCUCAAACCGACUCCCACAAUGCUCUGCUGCUGUGGAUGCCAUGUGAUGAACUGGAAAAUCCUGCCAGUCAACAGAGAAUCGAGUUUCUGCUGAAAAUGGUUCAGUCCAGUGUGGUACCAGAGUCCCAGGCCGGCCCAGAACAUGCCCUGCAACUCCUAUCAGAGAGCAAAGGAGACUUUCUGCUGACGGUGGAGACUCUGUUGGAACCUCCUGAAACCUCCAACAACCAGACAGGAGUCAGAUGGAGCUCAGCAGAGAAAAAGCUGUUGAUGAAAUCCUUCCAACUCCAUCAGAAGGACUUCAGCAGGAUCCAGAGGAGUGUCCGGACCAAGUCCCUGUCCAACUGUGUUGAGUUUUAUUAUCUGUGGAAGAAGAAGCUGAGUCUGAACAUGAAGACCCGUGCCGAGCUGACCUUCACUCAGCCGGACGUGAUGGGAGAAAAGAAUGUGUAAAUCUCAGGAGAUCUCAGAUGAAGCAACGGACCACCAACAUGUCGAGCUACACACUACGUGGCAACAUAAGCACACAGAUUAAAAUUUCACCAGAACAACUUUAACUGGGGUCAUGCUUGCAAAAGUAACCGUAACGUUAGACGUGCUGUUGGACUCAGGAGUCAAUUCCUAAACCUUCACCAGGACUUCUUUGUUCUGAUUCUGCAGUAAAGCUGUUUGAUACUUUUGUACAAAGUUCUGUCUUUAAUAAUAAUAAUAAUAAUGCAUUGAACUUACAUAGCGCUUUUCUAGACACCCAAAGACACUUUCACACACUCUCACAUUCACACACUGCUACUUGUAGCCACAGCCGCCCUGGGGAGGUCUGACAGAGGCGAGGCUGCCAUUUGGCGCCGUCGGCCCCUCUGACCACCACUAACACAGGCAAGUUGGGUGAAGUGUCUUGCCCAAGGACACAGCAGCAGGAUACCCCUGGCGGGAGCUGGAAUCGAACCCAUGACCCUCCGAUCAUGAGGCAACCCGCUCUACCACCUGAGCCACUGCUGCCCCUUUAAUUGUGACGUCUAAUAAAACAACACGAGGACAUCUGAACACUAGUCCAGGACUCUGUUCUGAGAAGAGCUACAGCAUCAGUGAUGUUAGGAUAUUGUUUUUUUUCCCCAUAAUCCUCCCAGUCUUUGUCUUUGUUUUUGGGGCCUGAAGCUGAAAUAAGCAGUGCUUAUUACUGCCUUUAAAUAAUAUUUAAAAAACACACGAAAGGCCUUGAGCUGACUGAAAAAAUACAGUUUGGUUCAGUUUGGCUGUUAAACGCAGGCCAACACUCAUUCUUUCUAACAAUGCAACAGAUGUGUUUGAGGCUGGUAGUCCAAAGGACCUGGAUCAGGAAGAGAUCACGGUUCUGAUUAGAUCAGACCAAACCCGGGUCCAGAGUCAAAGCUAGUGUUCAACCUCUGAAGAACAACAUGAUCUUGAAAAUCUGGGACCAGGCCAGCAGGUGCAUGGUCAGAACCACCAAGAUCCAGGUCAUCUAGUAGUAUUCAGAAACUAUUUGAGGUCAGAGACAGUCAGAAUGACUUAAAAAGAAAAAGAUGAGGACGAAUAUAAAACAGAUGUGUUUCUGUUAGAGGAGUUAAUUUGUGGAACAGUUAUGAAAAUGACUUAAAAAGGUUUAGCUCGCUCUGUGUUUAAAAAUAGGUUGAAAAGUAGAUUAUUAGAAGAAUAUAUAAAAGACGAAUGAAAGGUACAAGAUCAUGGUAUUGAAACUUUGGUCUUGUUAUGUAUAUUUCUAUUAUAUGUAUGAAAUGAGUCUAAUGUAUGCGUUUAUCUAAGGUGGAAAGCUACUUUAAUCUUGUUUAGGUUUUUUGUUUACAUAUGUCUGGCUCUUCCCAUUGGUGUUAAGCCUUAUGUAUAUGAACUAUGUGAAAAAGUAGUUUGCUUUCUUAGGCCUAGUCCACAUGUAGCCGGGUCUUUUUAAAAACGAAUGUCCGCCCCUCAAAAAACUUGCAUCCACACCACCUCGUUUUAAAACAAAACUCUGUCCACACAUAUCCGGAUAAAUACGUUGUUAAGGACAUGCCAGACCUGUAGGCGGCAGUACUUCCCCCUUUCUUAACCUCGUCCUUCGUCUGUGGUCUUCCGCAAGGAGCAGUAAUUCCACUUGCAAAAACAAACAAGCAAAAAGCGCUUGGACAAUUGAUAAAGCUGGGACUAAAAUGGACCUCAGUCAGGUGUGCCCCAGGGCUCUGUCCUGGGGCCCCUCCUCUUCAUAGUAUACCUCCUCCCUAUCGGCAAAAUCUUCCGCAAAUUCAAUAUCCAGUUUCACUGCUUUGCGGAUGACACCCAGCUCUACAUUUCCAGUAAGCCCAACUCAACUCUCCCACCAUCCUCCCUUACACUCUGACUCUCUGAAAUCAAAUCAUGGUUCACCUCUAAUUUCCUCAAACUCAACGGCAAUAAAACUGAACUUCUUCUAGUUGGCACUAACUCCACCCUCUCAACAUCUGACAGCUUUUCUUUAACUAUUGACAGCGCCAUAGUCUCCCCCUCCCCUCACGUCAAGAGUCUGGGUGUCAUUCUUGACAGCUCACUUUCUUUUCAAGCUCACAUUAAUAACAUAAUUCGGUCAGCAUACUUCCAUCUACGUUCCAUAAACCGUCUCCGUCCCUCACUGACCCCUCACACUGCUGCCAUUCUCGUCCACAGCCUCGUCACCUCCCGUAUCGACUAUUGCAAUUCACUUCUUUAUGGUCUCCCCAACAAACUCCUUCAUAAACUGCAAAUGGUCCAGAAUUCAGCAGCCCGUAUUAUCACCAGAACCCCUUCCUUUCACCACAUCACCCCGGUUCUCCAGCAGCUUCACUGGCUUCCAGUUAAAUUCAGGUCCAUCUUCAAAAUUCUCCUCCAUACCUUCAAAGCUACCCACAACCUCUCUCCUCCAUAUAUCUCAGACCUUAUAAAUAUUCACACCCCGUCCCGUUCACUCAGAUCUUCUUCUUCCAUCCAUCUUGCGGUUCCUUCUGCCCGUCUCACUACCAUGGGGAGCAGAGCUUUCAGCCGCUCUGCUCCCCGUCUCUGGAACUCACUUCCCCCAGACAUCAGGAACAUCGACAGUUUUACCUUUUCCAAUCAAAACUCAAAACACACAUGUUUAAAUCUGCCUACAACCUCUGAUUUUAUUGAACUGUUUCUCUCUUUGUUUUUUCUUGUUUGGGUUUUAUUAUUGUUUUAUUGUAUUUUAUCACGUGUUUUCUGUAAAGUGACCUUGGGUGUCCUGAAAGGCGCUUUGAAAUAAAAUGUAUUAUUAUUAUUAUUAUUAUUAGCUCUGAGGGCAUCCAUGCUGUUGGCUAGUGUAAACACAGGUCGCACACGUGAUGUCAGCAUUUGUUUGUCGCGGAAAGUGACGUUGCGGACCUUAAAACUCCGGUUUUGUCUGUCCACACGCAGACACCCAAAACGGAGAAAACGCAGAUCUUCACUUUGGCCGGAGUUUUUAAAAAGAUCCGUUUUCGUGUGAAAAAACUCUGUUUUCGUGUGGAUGACAGGCCAAAACGUAGAAAAAUUAUCUACGUUUUGGCAGAUCCCCGGCUACGUGUGGACGGGCCUAAAUGUCAUGAGCCGGGGUGAGUACUCAUUCUCUUAAACAUCUCUGAGUCUCUUGCCAGGAGAGGGAGUGCCACCAGCUGUUCCUGAUCUGCAAUCAGCGGGGUGCUUCCUGCUUAAGGUGGAUGGAGGACACAGUUCGAUGCCGGAAGAUUGCCACAGCUUGGUAGUAUCCAGCCGCUCGUGUAUUCGCUAUCUCUAGGAUUAGCUUUUCCAAAAGUGUUUUUACUCUAGGCUUUAGACUUUUUUGGGAUUUUACUAACCUCCAGGAUCUGACUCAGGAUUCUUUCUCCCCUCCAGGAUUCCAGUGUUUUUCCUCUGGUCACUGUGCUUUAGGAUACUCACCUCAGGACUCCUGGGUUUGGAAACUCCGAUCCUCCAGGACCCACUCACCGUUCUCAAUAAUUCUCCCCAGACAUUUCGGCUCGGUGUCUCCCAUCCACCGGGACGCCCUGCUUGUCUUCGCCUGUGCUCCCUCUCCUGCGCUCUCCCCGGCUCUCGACCUGCUCCCUCCUCCAGCCAGCUACUCUCACCUUACUGUACGUUCAUUGAACUAACCUGGGACUAAAAUGGACCUCAGGAACUGAAGUCAUACUCGCCAGUGUUCUCCCUCCUCCAGACGCAGAGCUCCCGUAUCUGCCCCAACCACUGACUCUCUAGUGCAUCUUCAGUUUCUUAUUUUGAAAAUAAAACAAAUCCACCCCCCCCCCCAUCUUUGGUUUGUGUUGUGUUCUGCAUGUCUUGGGUUCACCUUCCCCAAACAUGACACUUAAAAAGGGGUUGGCAUAAUAAGCUUGUGUUUCAGCCAACACCUUUUGAUUGGCCUUGUUUGUGUGUUACUUUGUCUGAGACAGCCUUUAAUUCAAUUGCAGUGUGAUAUUUUAUUGCUAAUCAAUAAAAACUAAAAUCUAA